AUGGCGGCUAAGAGUAGAAAGCCGAAAAAGCAGACGACAAACGAUGACAGUAAAAUCUAUCCUCAAAGUGCCCUAAAGAGUAAAUCAAAAAUUACAUCAUCGAGGAAAGGUGGUUUCAAACCGAAUGGCGUGUUGUUUGACAGUAAACUGUUACCAAGUGGUUGGCUGGUGGGUGCGUUAGCCUUGGCUUCCUUAUGUGGAAUUCUACACAGCAUGCACAUUUCCAGCAUGUUCGAGAAUGACCGCUUCUUCUCCCAUCUAUCAGAUCUGGAACGAGAGAUGACGUUCAGAACAGAAAUGGGAUUGUAUUACUCGUACUACAAGUCAAUGGUGAAUGCUCCAUCCUUUCUGUCUGGACUUCAGGACAUAAUGAACGAUAACCUCACAGAGUAUCCUAACACUAUCAAUGUGUUGAAACGGUUCAAUCUCUAUCCGGAGGCAGCCCUUGCAGGAGGUUUCAGACUCUUUGACAGUAUCACUCAAAAGUUUGGUCUGGUAACUAAACAAUGUUACAGAGUUACUAGGGGUAGAGGGCUCAGUGCUGUUCAGAAUUGCGAAGGGAUGGGGGACCUGGCUGUUUUCUACACCAAUGUGAUCUUUGCGGAGAAUGGCUUACUAAUGAGCAUCUUGUUUCUGUUUGCUACUUACCUGUCUGGAAGCCUAUGGGGUGGGGUCAUCACUGUUGCUGCAUUCUUCUAUAACCAUGGAGAGUGUACCAGGGUGCAGUGGACGCCACCACUAAGAGAGAGCAUGGCCUACCCUGUAUUAGUUCUGCAGAUGUUUCUUGUAACACACACCUUAAGAACUAAACGUCCGGGAUGGCCACAUAUUCUGCUCAUUGCUGCUGCUACUGUUGGGUUCAUGUUGCCCUGGCAGUUUGCCCAGUUUGCUCUCAUGACACAGACCCUGGCUGUAUGUGCUUCCUAUAUUCUUGGCUAUACAAGUCGCAGCAAGCUCAGAUGUGUGGUGCAGGGACAAAGUCUUGGUCUGGUAGUGAGCUAUGUUCUUCUCUUUGGCAAUGAGAUGCUGCUGACAUCCUUAUUCACCUCUUGUCUCAUUGCUGUCUGGAUAAUGAUGUUGGUUGCUCCACUGUGGAAAUAUAAAUCACCUCAUCCUAUUGUUACUAUGGGUGUGGAAGGCACUGUACUUGUUGCUUUGACACUGACGAGCAAGGUUCUACUGUCCAGACUACUCAGUAUGGAAGAUGAUGCACACAUUGGGAAUCUUUUCCGUUCUAAGUUCUCUGACUAUAAGGACUUUCACACCAUGCUCUACACCUGCGCUGCAGAGUUUAACUUCAUGGAGAAGGAGACACCGCUUCGAUACCUGAAGACUCUCCUAUUACCAACUGCCAUACUUUCUGUUGGAGGAGCCAUUUUUCAUCUUGUAAGAAUUGAAAUAAGAAAGCAGUGUGGACUGACUUCAUCGUCAGAUGAAGAAGGAAAAGACGCUGAGAGUGAUGAAGAACAACUUUCAAGCGAUGAUACUCAAGGAAAGCCCCAUGGAGAGCUAGUGUACCACCUGUUCCAGAUGAUGGCGUUUCUUGCCAUGGCUCUCAUCAUCAUGAGACUCAAACUGUUCCUCACCCCGCAUCUUUGUCUGGUUUCAAGUCUUCUUGCAUCUAGACAGAUCUUCAGCUAUGUACGUGAUAAGACCAGACACUCGAUUCUCAUCGUUAUCCUCAUUGCAUUGAUGUCUAUUGGAGGGAUUCGCAAUCUUCAGCAUCAAUGGAGUAUUAAAGGAGACUUCAGCAACGCCCCACAGGAAGAGAUGCUGGAAUGGAUUAAAGCUAACACACCACAAAAUGCUGUGUUUGCUGGUCCUAUGCCCACCAUGGCUUCGGUCAAACUAUCCACACUCAGACCUGUGGUCAACCAUCCACAUUAUGAAGAUUCCCGCUUAAGAGCUCGUACUAAGGUUGUGUACUCAAUGUACAGUCGGAAACCCAUUGAGGAGGUGUACAAUGGUAUCAGAGACCUUAAGGCUGACUAUGCCGUCCUUGAAGAAUCCUGGUGUGUGCGCAGAUCAGGGCCCGGAUGCAGCCUGCCAGAGAUCUGGGAUAUCGAGGAUAAAGUGAAUGCUAAGAAGGAGCCAGCUUGCAUCAAACUCCGAAGGAACCCCGCCCCAUUUUUCAGAGAAGUCUUUAAAAAUAGCGUUUAUAUCAUUCUUAAACUUUGACACACUUAAGUUUUUUGUCAGCCAUGACUUGCCUUCAUUCCACCUCUUUAGAACCAAAGAAUAUAGGUUCAUGAUUUCUUCAUGCCCAAGUCUAAUUUUUUGUGCAGAGUUAUUUAACAUUAUUGUUUGAAGUUAUAAAGACCAGUUCGGCAUUAUUUGUGCCAUCUUUUUACAGGUAAAUUGUCUAGUGUUGGCGUAGGGUUACACAUACACACUCUGCCAAGAACGAGGGAAUUACCUUGUAAGUCAAUGUCAUUUUCCCCACUAGUGCACAAAAACUUUUGCGGUGCAAAUAAAAGGUGUCUAGUGUUUACCGAGCCCGGUGUAUAAAGUUCUGUAAAGAGUGCAGGUAUUUGUUUGUUUAAAGCCAUUAUACACUUUCGGAACAGAAAACAAACAAAAAGUUCACAGAUUUACAAAUAAC